AUGGCCAGCAUUGGAAAUGAGAAUCGCGUAGACUAUGUGAUGUCUAAGCAUGCCGUGCUGGGACUGGUGAGGUCAGCAAGCAGGCAACUUGGAGCGUACGGUAUACGGGUGAACUGUGUCUCCCCUGGAGCAAUCGCAACACCAUUACUCCGUGGGGUGCUCGGUGUAAGUGAGGAGGAAAGCGAGAGGAUGUUCGAGUCAAGUUCAAGCUUGAAAGGAGUGCUGAAAGCGAAGCAUGUGGCUGAUGCCGUGGUGUUCCUUGCUUCUGAAGAGGCGGAAUUCAUCAACGGCCACAAUCUGGCGGUCGAUGGUGGAUGGGCAGGGAUGGGAUAG